AUGGGUGUCGAACUCGAAGCAAAUGGCCCGGGGGAGCCGCCUAUGAACCCGGCGAUUGCGGUUCCCCUGUUCGUUGUCGCCGGGUUGAUAGUCUUUUUAUUUGUCUGGAAAACCGUCAUUCGCAUCCGACAUCGUCGACGAUCAAAGGCGGCACGGCAAGGAGCCGACCAGACGCAGCUGUCCCGGACCAAUCGCUGCAAUGCGGCCCUGAAAAAGCAUUUGUUAUAUGCUCCGAUAUGGGGGACUCGUCACAGCCGCGAGUUCCGCAUGUUUGGACUUCAUAUGGGGUCUCUACCACUACGACUGGAAGUGAUUUGCCUGUUGAUCUAUCUCAGCCUGAACAUAAUCUUCAUUGUUGUGACGGUCGAUUGGUGGGUCAGUGAUUAUACCGAGAAGAUGUUCCAGCUCAAAUACUCUGCAGGCCAUCUGGCAGUCAUGAAUACGCCCGGCUUGGUCCUAGGCGCAGGGCGGAACAAUCUGUUGAUCCCGCUAUUGGGUAUCUCGUUCGAUACGUUCAAUUUCAUGCACCGCUGGGUGGGACGUGUGAUCACGGCUAAUGCGAUCAUUCACAUGAGCGCCGUGCUGGCCAGCCUGGCUUAUGUUUAUGGCACAGAUUAUAUUCUGUAUGCUAUGUGGCAACAGAAGCUUUAUCUAUGUGGCCUUCUGGCCAUCCUUGGAUUCCUUUUCAUUUUUAUUCAAUCUCUGUCGCCGGCACGACAUGCAUUUUAUGAAUUAUUCCUUCACCUGCACAUAGCCCUAGCCAUAUUCUCCUUUGUGGCGCUUUGGUAUCACCUACAAAAUCUAUUGCAGCAACGUGUGCUUCUUGGCACCUUGAUCCUGUGGGGUCUCGAUCGUGCAGGUCGACUUGGAAUACUACUGUGGAGAAACCUUAGUUCAAAGCCCACAACUGCCACCGUCGAGAUUCUGCCUGGAUCUGUUGCUCGGGUUGAUGUGGCUGUGGCUCGGGCAUGGCGCUUCCAUCCUGGUCAGUAUAUGUACCUCUAUAUGCCGUGUCUGGGCUUGUGGACAUCACAUCCCUUUACGGUUGCGUGGUCGUCCACGUCGGAUUCGCUGGAUAUGAACGAAAAGCGCAACUCGGGUGACUCUUUGAAGGCUCUUAUCGGAGACUCUCCGACUACGACCAUGUCCGUCUUGAUCAAGGGCCAAGACGGAUUCACAAAAAGGUUACUCCAGAAGGCGGAAGACUCGCCUGAGGGACGCAUUCAAGCUAUGGCAUUGGCAGAGGGGCCAUUUGGCGGUAUCCAUUCUCUCGCCUCGUACGGUACUCUGUUGUUGAUAGCUGGGGGAAUUGGCAUUACCCACCCAAUGUCAUAUUUGAACGAGGUUGUCACCACGUUUACCGAGCAAAAAAUAGCCACUCGCAAGGUGCAUCUUGUCUGGAUUGUCCACAGUCUAGACCAUCUCACUUGGAUUCAAACAUUCAUGGCCGACAUACUAGGCCACGAGUCCCUAAUUGGUCCAAUAAACGCGAACGGGCACUCAUACUUCCAAUUCCCACGACUUCUCCUCUCCAUCAGCCUCCACAUCACAGCACAUAAGGACACAAUCGAGGAAUACAUACCACAACCAGAUUCGCUAUGGAUGCAAUGCGCUCCACCCAACGUACCGGUUGGCAUCCAUCACGGUAAGCCUUGUAUAAGAUCCGUGCUAGAAAAGGAAAAAGCAGAGCAAAUCGGUGCGAUGGCAGUUAGCGUCUGCGGUCCUGGUGGCCUGGGCGAUAUUGUGCGGGAGGCUGUCAGAAAUGUGCAAGGGGAGAAAACUGUGGACCUGUUUGAAGAGACAUUCUCAUGGUAG